AUGCCGCACUCGCACAUCGUACCGGGCGGAUCAUUGCAAGUUGCGGUCAGCAGUUCAGCACGAAACGGCCUCGUAGGUUUUGGGGUGGCGAUCAAGAAACAGCCACCUCGAUAUCGGAAGCUGAAACUGAAGACCUUUUCCACGACACUAGGCCCAAGAUUAGAGCAAAAUCCGUUCUCCGCGGAGCUAGCAGCACUGGCACACACAUUGAAAAUGCUAGUGGGACUGAAAGACUACAGGAUCACGCUGCUCACGAGCAACAAAGCAGCGGCCCUCACGAUGAGGAAUCCUCGGCAACAGUCGGGCCAGGAGUUCGUCUGCCAAUCGUACAAGUUGAUGAAAAGGCUGCGGAGAAACGGAAACCACAUCAAUAUCCUAUGGGUCCCUACCAGCGCGGACAAUAAACUGCUAGGUCUGGCCAAAGGGCAAGCCAGGACCGCGACCCAGAAGGAUGCCGCCCUGCAAAAACCUGCCCCCAGAAUGAAGUCGACAACGCUGAAGAUCGCUCGGUCUCAUGCGGCUCCCAGCAAUAACUUGCCGGAGAACGUAGGAAGACACGUGAAAAGAGUAGAUGCAGCACUGCCAGGAAAGCACACUCGACAGCUGUAUGAUCGAUUGACGUGGAAGGAAGCGAGCGUACUGGCCCAACUCCGGACUGGCAUGGCCAGACUCAAUAGCUAUCUCUGUCGGAUCAACGUGGCAGACACGAAUCAGUGUGCAUGUGGACAAGCGAGUGAGACCGUGGAACACUUCCUCUUCCGAUGUCGGAAGUGGACCACACAACGAAUAGCACUGCUGCAAUGUAGCCAAACUCACCGAGGAAAUCUCUCCUUCUUUCUGGGCGGGAAAUCGCCUUCUGAUAAUCCGCAUUGGACGCCGAACUUGGAAGCUGUGCGAGCCUCAAUACGAUUCGCGAUCGCAACGGGCCGACUCGACGCCACCUAA